AUGGUAAAUCUCGGACCCAAAGCACCACCUCAGCGCAGAGGCUCGCUGUGCUAUAUCCCACCGGCUAUCCACGAGAGAAUUGAACACUACGAAAAGCUUUUUGGUGUUUCUACCGAGCAGCUUAAGAAAAUCACCGAGCAUUUCGUAGCUGAGCUCGAUAAGGGCCUGUCGAAGGAGGGCGGGUCUAUUCCGAUGAACGUGGCCUGGGUUCUCGACUACCCCACUGGAAAGGAGACGGGAAAGUACCUUGCGUUGGACAUGGGUGGUACGAACCUGCGUGUGGCCGAAAUCAUUCUCAACGGUGACCGUACCUUUGACGUGGUCCAGUCCAAGUACCAUAUGCCGGCCAAUACCAAGACGUCUAGCGCAGAAAACCUUUGGGGAUACGUUGCUGAUUGUGUUGGGAAGUUUAUUGACCAGUACCACGAAGGAGCGACUGAUCAAUUGAUGAUGUGCUUCACGUUCAGUUACCCGUGCACCCAAGAGUCUAUUGGACAUGGUGUUUUGCAGCGCUGGACCAAGGGAUUCGACAUCGAUGGCGUUGAGGGCCACGAUGUUGUUCCUAUGCUCCAGAGCGCCUUGGACGAGCGUAAGAUUCCCGUCAAGUGCGCGGCUCUGAUCAACGACACCACCGGUACGCUCGUUGCCUCGAACUACGUUGAUCCUCGGACCAAAAUGGGCUGCAUUUUCGGUACUGGCUGUAAUGCGGCCUAUUACGACGUUGUCAAGAACAUUCCUAAACUGGAGGGUCUUGUGCCUGACGACAUCUCGCCUGAUUCUUGGUGCGCAAUCAACUGCGAGUAUGGCGCGUUUGAUAACGAGCAUGUGUCGCUGCCCCGCACCAAGUUCGAUGACCAUCUCGACAAGCACUCUCCCCGGCCCAAUCAGCAGUCCUUUGAGAAGAUGAUUGCUGGUUAUACGCUGGGAGAAAUUUUGCGUCUCGUGCUGCUUGACGAGUUCGAGGGCGGCAACAUUUUCGAGGGCCAGGACAUUUCGAAAUUGCAACAGCCCUAUGUGCUCGACGCGGCGUUUUUGUCCAAGAUCGAAACCGAUCCCUGGGAGAAUCUUAUGGAUACCGAGGCCCUGUUUUCCGAGGAGCUAGGUAUCGAAACCAACGAAUCCGAGCGAGCAAUGGUCCACCGUCUGUGUGAGCUCAUUGGUACUCGUGCUGCCCGUUUGUCGAUGUGCGGUGUUGCUGCUAUGGCCAAGAAAAUGAAUAUGGAAUCUGCCCAUGCCGGGGCCGACGGAUCAGUCUUCAACAAGUAUCCCUACUUCAAACAACGCGCUGCCCGGGCCCUGGCAGACAUCUUCGACUGGGGUGACAUGCCUGCUGAGGACCAUCCCAUCAAGGUUGUCGCCGCCGAGGACGGUUCUGGUGUCGGCGCCGGCGUCAUUGCCGCCUUGACCAAGAAGCGCUACGAAUCGCACAAGUCGAUUGGUAUCAAGGGCUCUAACCUGGAUUUCAGCAAGUGA